AGGGAGCAGAAAGGAAUCUCCAUGGGUCAUUUUCUGGAAGAGGAUAAGUGUGGAAGAAAGUGAAGGUUGUUAAUGGAGAUCUGAUUUGGAUUUUAGGGAUUUAAUUUGUGUGGUCGGUCAGUUCAAAGAUUGGGUUUGGUCUGGUUAGAAGGUUGGGUUGAUCUAGAUGACAUGGCGAGUCGAGUCUCAUUAUUUUCGUGUUAAUUAUGGCUGAUUAGGCGAUUCCGUCUGCCACGUCAUCACUUAACGGACUCUGUUAACGGAGAUGGACGGCAACUAACGAAGAGUGACCAAACGUGAAUGGUUUCACUAAAUUAAGGGACCAUCAAUGGAUUUAAAUAUUUCGAGUGACCAAACAUGAACGUUUUUUUGUAAUCUCAGUGACUAACCAUGUAAUUAACCCAUUAUUUCUUCCUCCAUUUUUCCAUGACUCAUCAUGGAAACCUUAUUAUCAACCUUAUUUUUCAGGAAAAAAUCCCAAAGUACACUAGUUCUUAAAAAAAAUUCCCAAAAUACAUAAGUUAUAAAAAAAUUUCCAAAACUACACAUGUUUGGCAUUCACCGUUUUUGACAAACGCAGUGAAGAUUAUCACCGCGUUUGACAAAAGCGGUGAAUAUUUCACCGUUUAAAAAAAAACGGUGAAGUGUUCACCGUUUUCAUCUAAAACGGUGAAUUACUAGCGAGUCAAUCAUCGUUUUAGAUGAAAACGGUGAAGUAUUCACCGUUUUAAUCUAAGGCGGUGUAACUUAAACCGCUGCUGUGUGCCACGAUGAAGCGACGCGGAUCGCUGACGUGGACAAAUGCGAUGUAUUCACCGCGUUAGACAAACGCGGUGAAUACACCGUGUUUGUUUGCGUCAGCGAUCCGCGUCGAUUUUCCUUUGACCGUGGCCGUUGGAUGCGGUGAGGCGCGGAUCAUGGUUUUCUUCCCAUAUCCGACGCCUCACAGCACGCCACGUCGCAGUCUGGCACCGUUUUUGGGAAGGGCGAUGCAUUCACCGCCUUUGAGGGACGCGGUGAAUGCUCCCCACUUAAUGCUCGGCAGAACCCUUCCCCACCUUCCCCCAACUAUAAAUAGACCCUCCCCCCACCCCACUUACAAAUCACACCACAACAAUUUCACUUCUUUCUCCCUCAAUUUAUCCGCUCUAGUCUCGUUCUAAUUAUGCUCUGUGGUUGCGGCUAAGUUCGAUCUUCCACAUCAGAAAGAAUUACUAGAGUUUGACCCUAAAGCCCCCGUCCCGCUAAGCUCCCGUCCUUUACAAACCCUAACUCGUCGAACCUCUGGCCGGCUUCUGCCAAAAAAUGGACGAAGAGGCUCUUCGUGUAGGUUUUUUAUUAUUUUUAAUCGAAACAAUUUGAUUUUGUGAUUAUUUUUUUAUCAAAACAAUCUCUGAUUUCAUUACUUUUUUAUAGAUGGGUGCCGAGAUAUACGAUCCUCGAUUGUAUAUCCAUUAUGGGCCAAGAGAUAUGAGUCUCUUAACCGAUCAAGAAGCUAAUCGCUCCCGUGCUAUUUGGGAUAAGAAUCCGGUAAUUUGAUGAUUUAUUUGCUUUAUUUUAUUAUUUUCUAAUGUUUUUAUUUUGCUUUAUUUAAACUAACAAAUUGAUGUUUUUCCUAUUUUUUUGAAGGAAUCACUUAUUCCCUUCGUUCAUAAAGGGACCACAAACUUGCUCGCUUGGCAUCCACGGUUGGCGCCCUAUAUAGAGAGGACCGGGUUGGGUAUGUUGCGCCAUUUCAUGCAGAUCGAAAUCGACAACGAUCUGCUUACGGCAAUGGCGGAGCGAUGGCGUUCCGAAACCCAUACGUUCCACCUUGCGAAGGGGGAAAUGACGAUCACCCUCAAAGACGUGGCGAUCCUCACCGGGCUGCCGAUUUCUGGAGAUGCCAUCAUUGGUUCCACUACCAAACCCGAAGGAGGUUCGGGGCCGCUCAUUCUUGCUGAAUUGGGAUUUGACAUGCCGACCACCACACCAAUUCAAGGACGGGGGCAUCCACCGUUGAAUGCGGGACAAGUGUCGAUCCUGUGGCUGGUAACUCACAUCCAGAAUGAGGUGGAAAUCAAUGACGAGACUCCGGAAGAUCAAGUGGAGCUCUAUGCACGCAUCUACCUCAUUGGUUUGGUGGGUGAAUUUCUGUUCCCCGACAAGUCAAACCGGUGGAUUCAAGGCAUAUGGUUUUCAUUGCUCAAUGGUGACUGGGACGCAAUCGGGGAAAAGAGUUGGGGAUCGGCCGUGUUAGCUGGCCUAUACCGGGAGCUGUGCACUUGCUCGAAGGUGGGAGCAAAACAAGCUAGUGAUGCGAUGUUUAUCCUACAGCUAUGGGUAUGGGAGCAUCUUCCAAUGUUCUCACCUCUAGACCCACGUCCAUACCGGAGAGCCGAUGAUGAGCUAAACUUUCUGCAAAAUCCCACUUACGGUGUCAAGUAAGUUUAUUCCGUACUUAGCCUAAUUUAAAAUUAUUCCAUGCUUAGCUAGAUUUAAAUUGAAUUUAUUCCGUACUUAGCCUAAGUUAAAUUUAUUCCAUGCUUAGCUAGAUUUAAAUUGAAUUUAUUCCGUACUUAGCCUAAUUUACAAUUAUUCCAUGCUUAGCUUGAUUUAAAUUGAAUUUAUUUCGUACUUAGGCUAAUUUAAAAUUAUUCAUGCUUAGCUAGAUUUAAAUUGAAUUUAAUCCGUACUUAGCCUAAUUUAAAUUUAUUCCAUGCUUUUACUUACAAGGUGGAUAGGAGCAAAUACGAAUGACCAUCAACCUGAGCAUUCGUUACUGUUUUAUCGUUUUGAGUUAGAUUAGCCUUGGUGGAAUCAGGUAAUCAUGUUCUGUCAUAUUUUAACAAGUUAAGGUUUUUCAAUGUAAAUGGUCGCUAAUUGCAUUAUUUCAAUGAAUAUAGGUUAUUUGG